GACUACAAACAAUAAAGCCCUGUGUUUUUCCAAUACGGAUAUCCGACUAAAGUGGAAAAAAGUGGAAAAUAAAAGGGCAACAUUGGAAAUGUUGCCGUAAACAUGGCAUUGAGCCCUGCUGAAAAGGACGACAUCUAACGUUAGCUGUUUCCUGGCAACAAAUGAUACUAAUUAGUCGGUUUACAUUGUAGGGUGUACAUAGUGUAGCAAUGAGUAACCAUGUGGUGUUUUAUCAGCGAGUCUCCGUACAUUGUGAGGGAAUAUCACCUUCCGAAAGAUUCGCAUGGACAAGUUUUGAUGGACAAGGUUUGUGAUGAUGUCGGACUCAUUGAGAGGGAGUACUUUGGCCUGCGUUACCGCUCCAAGAAGGGAGAAUUACUCUGGCUCAAUCUUCGAAAUCCACUCAAGCUUCAGCUGAACACCAAGCCGCCCCAUAGACUCAGUCUGCAGGUCAAGUUCUUUGUCUCGCCCCAGGAGCUCCAACAAACAAUCAGCAGACAUGUGUACUACAUGACGCUGAAGAAUCGUCUCCUGCAGGGUCACUACAAAGUCAAUGAGUCAGAGAAGUUUCAGCUUUGCGUGCUGAUGGCUCAGGCAGAGUUAGGCAAUGAGGAGGCUGUUUUGGAUUCACAGUAUCAAUCCAUCUUACCUGAACUAAGCGAGCACAAACUCCUGCAAGUCAAAGAGGCCCACCAGAACUGCGGGGCAGAGCUGACAAAGACACAGGCAGAGAUUCAGUUCAUCAAUAAGAUCAACAAGUUGCCAGGUUAUGGUGUGGAGUACUUCGCUGCAGAGACCAUGGACAGAACAAAGGUGGUGAUUGGUGUCCACAGCGGUGGGCUUCAGAUAUUGAGCAAAGAGAGAGAUGUCAUUAAUAAUAUCAAAUUUGAGGAUAUCAGCAAAGUCUCCUAUCACCAGAAUCGGUUUUCCGUCCACUUCUACCCUUCCUCAGACGAGGCCAAUGAGGAGGAUGUUGUUUCCAUUAGGAAAUUCCGUCUCACCUCUCGAAAGAGCGCCCAGGCUCUCUUCAGGGCCUUCACAGAGUCCCACACAUUCUUCCGAUGUGAGAACGUUGAGCGGGUGGUGCGAGAGCAGCAUUCCCACACCGGCUGGGGCGCGCUGCUGGCACUCUUCCGACCGCACACCAACUAUGGCAAGAUCUAUCGCUUUGACAUCACCAAAACGCGGCGACAGACCUACGACAAUGCUUGGCAUCUCCUCCAUCACGAUAGCAGCCCCCCACCGCAACGUUUCUCAGUGGAUUUGGAUACUCGUCUUGCCAAUAGUCAGCCUUACUCCACCCAGACCCUGCGGAGCACCCACUCCCAAGAGAUCAUGCUCAGCCGUCAGCCCUCACGGUUGAUUUCCAGUCAGGAUGCAGUGAAUGUGCUCAUUGGACAGGAAUCGUCAUUGAAACUCAUCUUUGUGGAAUAUUCAUGUGAUAAUGGAGUGGAAUAUUCUCGUGAUGGUGGAGUGGAAUAUUCUCGUGAUGGUGGAGUGGAAUAUUCUUGUGAUAGUGGAGUGGAAUAUUCUUGUGAUGGUGGCGUGGAAUAUUCUCGUGAUGGUGGAGUGGAAUAUUCUCGUGAUGGUGGAGUGGAAUAUUCUCAUGAUGGUGGAGUGGAAUAUUCUCAUGAUGGUGAAGUGGAAUAUUCUCGUGAUAGUGGAGUGGAAUAUUCUCGUGAUGGUGGAGUGGAAUAUUCUUGUGAUGGUGGAGUGGAAUAUUCUCGUAAUAGUGGAGUGGAAUAUGAUGUGAUAUUAGUAGAGGUAGUUGCAGGUGACAAGUACAAUGGGUAA